UAGCAUGGAAAAUAUUCCAAAUGUGGAAAACAAAUACCGCACCAAUCAAACGAGAAUAACACGAGAGUUUCUCCGAAAAUCAGGUUUGCUGGAUGACCACAUCACAGUUAUUUAUUUCCAUUUGAAAAGGCACUUCAUUAGUCUGAGAGAAAUUCCUGUGUGGGUAGCCCACCGUCCAUUGAUCUUUUUCUAUCUGAAUUCUCUGGCGGGUUAAUUAUCUUUGGCUUACGGCCAGGAUUGAACAGAUUAGCCAGAUCACUGGUUUCCAGAGGGGCAGGAAUGUUUUUAGACCGUAUUUUUAUCUCACAUUCCUGUGAAAAACCAUUAUCGGUCAUUCUCUAGAAUAACCCUGCACUUUUUUUGGUUGUAAGUAGUGUUUUGCGUUUUCAGUGUUUGGAAUUGAUUUAUUUGCUGAACUUUAAUCUAUUUAUAAUUUAAUUAAAUAUCUACUUUAAAGGGAUAGUUCAUCCAAAAAUGAAAAUUCGCAGCAUUUACUCAGCCUCAUGCCAUCCCAGAUGUGUAUGAAUUUCUUUCUUCAGCAGAACACAAAUGAAGAUUUUUUAGAAGAAUAUUUCAGCUGUGUAGAUCCAUACAAUGCAAGUCAACAGGGUCCAAAACGUGGAAUAUAAAAGCAGCAUAAAAGUAAUCCAUACAACUCCAGUGGCUUAAUCCAUGUCUUCAGUGGCCAUAUGAUAGUAUUUCAACAACAGAUUGAACGCAUCAGAAUGGAAGAACGGAACGAUGACGGUCAGGAAGGAAUAUUAUUUCAAUAACUGGAUGACUCUGCUGUCCCAGCUGCCUUUGCUUCUGUUCACUUUGCUCAACUCGAUCCUCUAUCAGCGAAUCUCGGAGAAGAUGAGGAUAGCAGGCAGUUUAGUCUUCAUCCUCCUCCUCUUCAUCCUCACUGCUGUCCUGGUGAAGGUUCCUAUGGAGGAGGACAGGUUCUUCUCUGUCGCCAUGGCAACCAUCUGGUUUAUCAACUCAUUCGGGGCUGUGUUACAGGGAAGUCUGUUUGGUUUGGUGGGUUUGUUGCCGCAGAAGUACAGCGCUGUGUUUAUGAGCGGACAAGGACUCGCAGGAACAUUUGCUGCUCUUGCGAUGAUUUUCGCCUUAGCAAGUGAAGCUGAUAGUGAAACGGCAGCUCUUGGUUAUUUCAUCACUCCAUGUGUUGGGACUCUUCUCACACUCAUGAGUUACAUGCUGCUACCCAAACUAAAGUUUGCGUGCUUUUACCUGGACAGGUGUAAAAGUACGAGCUAUGAGCUUGAGACAUUCAGCCAGAAGCUGCCUCUUGCAGAUUCUGUGGAAGGCUCUAUGACGGCGAGCAAUGGUCCGAAUGGCUCUGUGGUAAACAGGAAUCCUAACAGAGAAGUUAACUGUGUGAGUGAAGAGGAGGUUGGCAGACAGCCCUUCCUCACGCUGCAGCCAGAGAACGUGUCUGUUCAGAAGAGCUCCGUCCUGGAAGUCUUCAAAAAGAUCAGGGUUAUGGCGUUUUGCGUGACGUUUGUAUUUACAGUAACACUGUCAGUUUUUCCUGCUGUUACCGUGGAUGUGAAGACUGUUUAUAAAGGAAAAUGGGAACGAUACUUUAUACCUGUUUGCUGUUUUCUCAUCUUUAAUUUGAUGGAUUGGAUUGGCAGAACUGUUACAUCACUAGUUCAGUGGCCCCCAAAAGAGAGUCGCUGGUUCCCAGCUUUGGUCGUUUCUCGGUUAAUCUUUGUUCCUCUGCUCAUGAUGUGUAAUGUUCAGGAGAGGCACUUACUACCAGUGCUCUUCUCAAAUGAUGCGAUCUUUGCCACCAUCAUGGUGCUCUUCUCUGUGUCCAGCGGAUACUGUGUGUGUCUGUCCAUGACUUAUGCACCACAGCUUGUGGACCCGAAAGACGGGGAGACAGCCGGCGCGUUAAUGACGUUUUUUCUGGCUCUGGGUUUGUCGUUGGGAGCCGGUCUUUCAUUCCCUCUACGCUUCAUGGUCUGACACCACAUAAACACACACACACACAUACAUGCUCUCAAAUAUACAGUCAGCUUUCAGUGCUGUCUACUGAAAAUCAGUUCUCAUGUUGUUUACCCAUAUAUGUUGAAUUAAUAUAAUGACAGAGCAGCACUUCGCAUCUUUAUCUGGCAGCUUAAAAAAAUCUGCUCUAUUAAAGGGACUAAAUAAAGUGAAUACAAUACAGGCAGUUUACGGACAUUAUAGUUAAAGGGACAGCUGGUGAAACAAAAAUUUCCGCCACAGUAGUUACUCUAGAUAUUGUUACAUUUAAAUUGUUACAGUUUUUGAAGCUUUCAGAAUCCUUUUGUUAAAUGUAUUAUUGAUGACCGUGGUGGCUAAUACAAAGCGAUGGGCCUUAUACAUGAAACAUGAGCUUUCUGUAUUAAUCUUUCAUGAAUCCGUUUCAUGAAUUUCCUCACAAAAAGUUUUUUGUUCCUUUACAGUACCUUUAUCCAUCUCUUGGUUUUACUACAGUAAACAUAUUUUAAACAUGACAUUCAUGGUUAAAUGUUGUAAUAAAACAACAAAACCAAAACCAUGACUAUAAAAAUCAUAAUCAUACUUGUACCACAAAUUAACCAUGAUGUUACUAGAGUAAAACUAUAGUUUUUUUUUUUGUUUUGUUUUUUGGUCAGAAUAAUAUUUUAUUGCCAUAGUUUUGGUUUUUCAAAUAUGAUUACUAUAAUUUACUGUAAUUAUCGUGGUUAAAAUAUGGUCACCAUAGUAAAACCAUGGUUAAUUUCAUAAGGUAUUAUGAGGGAAUGCAAAACUUUGUAAGGGAACACAAAACUAUUUCAGAAAAAUAAAUGUACUCCCUAUCAUCUAAGAGCCUCCAUAAUGUCAAGAGCUUAAAGUUACUAUUUAAAACAACCAGACAUUUUCUUUGACAUCUCAAAGGAUGUAGCAUGACUACAAUUGUUUCUUAUUAUACAACUAAAAAAGCACGCGAACAUUCAUAUUGAGAGCCUGAUAUUUAUUUUGAUUUGAUUUGAUUAUUCAGGCUAUUUUCACUAGGUAUGCCCAGGGAUUUUAUUGAUUAUUUUUCUAUUUAAUUGGAAGCAGUGUCAUUUAAGGGGAACAAAAAUUACAUUUUCAGUUUGAAUCAGGGAUUUUUUUGUUUCGACAAAGGCAUUAUUUGUUACAUUUAUUUUUAUUUUUUUUGUAGAUUUGUUUUUAUUUUUAUAUAUAAAUAUAAUUUACAUAAUUGUGUUUGUGUGUACUGCAAUGCAUAAAAUACACACACAUACAUGUGUAUCAUCAAAUUGCGACCCUGCAACCUGUUCAAGGUUUUAUAAAUAUUACGCACACACACAAAUGUAUUAAGCCACAUGUAAACAGAUGUAUAAAUCACAUUUAUCCUGCAACAUGUUCAAGCACGUACUUUACAUAUGCAACUGUUCAAGGCAAAAUUGUAUUUUCAUAUUUCAUCAGUCUUCAUGGUCCUGCAGGUGAGACUUGGAGAGCGAAGUUGUAAUUUUCAGCGGUUGAUGUGAUGUGUGCAGACAUCAGCACUCAUUGGUGUAAAGCGAUUGUAUUUAGACUUUUUAAUGUAAGUCGGAACAGCUGAUUGGUUCGACCACAUUAAAGGUUGAUGCAAUCUCCAUGCAAAUAUUAUUUAAGUGAAUCUGGCAAGUAAACUUUCCGAAUGAUUGAACAGUGAUGUUUUUGGUCAUGUGUGCCUGAUUUCUGCACUGUUGCCUUAGACCGACAUGAUUCUUGAAAAUGUUUGCUUUUGUUUUAUAGUAAAUUCAGCAUCAUGUCAGCGAAUGAAAUAUGAAGCUAUGUGAUGCAUUGAAAGAUUCUCUUUCCAUGAAACUUCAUGUGUUUGUAAACGGGAAACUUUUGUUAUAUACAAGACAGGUGUCAGUGUGUGUAAGAUGAGAGGUCAAUUAUUUUUGUAAAAAAAAAAAAAAAAAAGAUUUCCCUUUUUUAUUGUUUGUUCAUCCUAAUUGUAUUUUUUUAUAUUUUAUUUGGGCUUGUUUUUUAAAAUAUAUAAUAGUGUGUAAGUUGCAGUGCUAAUGAGUUGAUUCAUAAUGGUGUUUCAUAUUACACCACAUAUUCAUUCACUUCAAAACAAUACAGUAAAGAUGUAUAUUUAUCUGAUUAAUUCAUUUUUACAGUACAUUCAAUAUGUACAUGCUUAUCCCUAUGUGUGGUUCCCUGGGAAUCAAACCCACGGCAUCGGCAUUGCUAGCGUAAUAUAGCUCCAGUAGUAGGUUGAUUUCCCUGAAAAGUGUAACCCUUACAAAAAUUAAACAUGGUGUAACUAUAGUAAUAUUUUAGUAACCAUGACUGUUGUAACCAGUGUUGGGGAAGCUACUUUGAAACUGUAGCUUUCCAAGUUACAACCUACUCUGAACUUAACCUUCCUGAGCUGUUCGGUCAUUUUUGACCGAUUUUGUUUUUUGUUUAAUUAAUAAAAAUGGUUUCCUCAAUUUGA